AUGGGGGAAACAGUGAGGAAGCAGCUUGCGGAGGGCUUGGCAAGAGUCAGCUCCCUGGAUGGCAAGUAUAAAGUACGGAGCUACCAGUUCAUACUGUACCCAAGGGUGAUGUGGCCUGAGUGAGGUCCCUUCCUCAGUGGCAGACAAGAUAGACAGCCCGGCAAACUUGUUCAUCAAGAAGUGGCUGGGACAGCCAAGAUGCCUCUCAGAUGUAGGCCUAUUCGGCAGGAACAUGCUGCAGCUGCCACUGCGAUCCAUCAGCCAGGGAUACAGACAGGAGAAGGUUCGAGUGGUGCUGGAUCUACGAGAAUCCACUGACCAUCUGGUGAGGGCAGCUGGUUCCCAGGUACGAACAGUGAGGAAGUGGAAAGCCCAGGAGAAGGUUGACAAGGCAGUCAUCAGGCUGAAAUACCACGAGGUCAUUGGAAGAGUCAAGGUGGGGUAA